CCCCGCUAACGUCCGGGGCGGGGCUUGAAGGCCGGAAGUGUAUCGUGCUCUCAAGAUGGCGACUCCCUAUGUGACUGAUGAGACCGGGAAGUACAUUGCCUCGACACAGCGCCCAGAUGGGACAUGGCGGAAGCAGCGGCGAGUGAAGGCCGGUUACGUACCACAGGAGGAAGUGCCGGUGUACGAGAACAAAUACGUUAAGUUCUUCCGGAGCAAACCUGAGCUGCCACCAGGGCUGAACCCGGAAGCAGCAGCAGCACCCGGAAAAGCAGAGCCUGGCGACACGGGACUGUCCAAGGCAGCCAAACGGAACUUGAAACGGAAGGAAAAGAGGAAGCAGCAGCAGGAAAAGGGGGAGCGGGACACGGACGAACUGAUCCAGGCGCUGGAGCGCUCGGCACUGUCGGAGCCGCUGCCCAGCUGCGGCGCUGCCAGCCCCGCUGUGAGCCCUGGCACCAGCCCCGGUGACGCUCCAGCCUCCGAGAGGAGCCGGAGGCUGAAAAACCUGCGGAAGAAGCUGCGGCAGGUGGAGGAGCUGCAGCAGCGCCUGGACGCCGGGGAGGUCCCAAAUCCUACCCGCGAGCAGCUGGAGAAGCUGAGCCGGAGGAAAACACUCGAGGAGGAACUGCGGGGCCUGGAGAGGGACUCAUAG